AUGGAUGACAUCUUCGCCAGCAUCAAUGGCGUUUACCCCUACUUUGACGACAUUCUCAUCGCAUCAAAGACAAUGAACGAACACAUUAAGCAACUACAUCUAGUUCUGCUGACUGCACGCAAGUACAACCUCAAACUCAAUGCGAAGAAGAGGCAAGUAGCAGUGUCCACCGUCUCCUACCUGGGACAUCAGCUAACGGCAGACGGAAUUCAAGCUGACGCUGCGAAAAUAGAGGCCAUCAUUGCUAUGCCAGUGCCCGAAAAUAAGGCAGAGCUGCUCAGAUUCUUUGGUAUGGUCACUUACCUUACCAAAUUCAUGCCAAAUGCCUCCAGUGAAAUGGCACGCCUGAGACAGCUACUAAAGACCGACGUCCCGUGGCACUGGGAUGAGACCCUGACCAAGUAUGUGGAACUACAACCCAUGGCGUCCGCCUGCACUGAAGCUGUCAUCACCGCUAUGAAAGCUGUGUGCGCGAGAUUUGGAGUACCUGAUGAACUAGUCUGUGACAAUGGACCGCCAUUUAAUGCCGCGAAAUUCAAAGAGUUCCUCACCAGCUGGGGCAUCGCCUACAAUCCCAGCUCACCCUACUACGCCAGAUCGCAUGGACUUGCUGAAAGAUCCAUUCAGACCAUGAAGCACGCACUUCAGAAGGCUGUAGAAGAUGGAAAAGGCCUCUUUGUUGUGCUUAUGGAUGUUAGAAGCACUCCCAUGGAUAGACUGAAGUCGCCUGCAGAGCUCCUAAUGGGCAGAAAAAUCCGCACACUGGUCCCGAUGAAUCCAACUCAACUGCAGCCCCACUACACCUGCACCGAGGCCCGAUCUCGUCUACAUUUUCGUCAGGAACGGCAGCAUCGGCAUGGGGAUAAGAGAACCAAGCCCCUCGUUGCUCUUCAGAAAGGCCAGAAAGUGUAG